AUGAGGUCGCUUUUUAUCCUCUACCCGGCAGCUUCCAAAUCGCUACACGCGUUGAGGCGUAACCCUAAGGUGUCCCGGCUGGAAGUGAUCGGCGCGAUUUCAGCCGUCAUCAGUAUCAUCGAUGCCUCAAUCAAGGUCUACGACGGCGCACAGAAAGACGUAAAGCUGCCAGACACGUUCCACGUCGUGGGGCGCCGCCUCUCCUUCCUCCGCAACACCCUCGAGACAUGUAAGAGCCACCUGCAACCGAUCCAAGAUUCUUUGUCUGCGGACGUCCUGCCUGUAGAAAAUGAUGGGUGGGAGAAACGAUACGCGAAGGUCGUUAAGAGACUGGGCAAGGGCAACAAGGUGGAAGAGCUGAUGGUGUCGAUCGCGGAGGACGUGCAACUGGUGGUCAACCACCAUGCGGUCCAAUCAGCCAAACCCGAGCAGAUUUCCGAGCUGGAGAAAAUCAUCAAAGAGAUGAAGUCGGCGCGGCGGUUGAGUCUGAGGAAGAGGUUUCGGGAAUGGCGUUCACCAGUCAAGGUGGUGGUCAUAGCCGGCACACUGACCACCGCUGCGGCGCUCUCGGAACUCACGUACCAUCUCCUACGACAACCCGGUGAACUAAAAGCUCUCAAAGACGAGCUAGCACAGGCCAUGCCCGACCCGUCAGCGCUCCCUGACGUCGCCCAGCUGGAGCAACUCCCAUACCUUUCUGCUGUCAUUGAGGAAGGCCUCCAUCUAAGCCGCGGCAUCAGCACGCGGCUACAGCGCAUCGCCCUGGACGAGACCCUCAUCUACCAACCUAAGGUCUCGGACGACAAGAAGAAACCCGCUGCCAGACACAAGCCGUACACCCUUCGACCGGGCAUUCCCCGUUCUCUGACCGGCCUCCUCAUCCACCACUCCUCGACCUACUUCGAAGACCCUAUGGCCUUCCGGCCUCAGCGGUGGAUCGACGACCCAACACUCGACCGCUACCUCGUCCCCUUCUCACGUGGCACCCGGGCCUACGCUGAGCUGUACCUCGCCACGGCGGCGGCGUUUCAGCAGUACGGCAGCCCAGACGUCCACUUCCAAGAGGAUCAGGAACUCCGAGAGCUGUUCGACACUAGCUACGGGGACCUCGAGAUCAUUGGUGAUGGAGUAAUUCCCUUGUAUCGGCCGGACAGUCAUGGGGUGAGGAUCGUGGUGCGUGCUGCAUGA